UAGCUCUAGUUUAUUAUAAUGACGUCAGAAGUAUGUUCAGGAUCGACAGCUGGUAUAUAAUAGGUCAGGCGAGAGGCAGCAUCACAGUGCACCUUCAGCUUCAUCUGCAAUACGUUCAUCCAACAACUUCUUUACAAAAUGAAACUGUUCGUGAUCGCCGCCCUCGUCGCCGUGGCCGCCGCCGGUCGCUUGGAGCACCUGGAGCGCUCCUACCUCCCCCCCGACAGCAACUCCAUCAGCAGCGGCCGCUCCCUCGGCAGCCACGGCGGCUUCGGCUCCUCCGGCUCCCACGGCGCCUUCGGAGCCAGCUCCGGAAACUUCGGCGCUGGAGCUCGGCAGCAAGGAGCCUUCGCCGGCGCCACCUCCAACCAGUACCUGCCUCCUAACCACGGACCUUCGGGAUCCAACGGAGCUCCUCAGUUCGCUGGUUCUCUCCAAGGUUUUGGCGGUGCUCAGAACUACCGCAGCCAACAAAAUGGUGGUCACCAAGGGGCUUCUGCUCAGCAGUAUUCUGCCCCCAGCUCGCAGUACGGCGCCCCUAGCUCUCAGUACUCUGCCCCUAGCUCUCAGUACUCUGCUCCUAGCUCUCAGUACUCUGCCCCCAGCUCUCAGUACUCUGCCCCCAGCUCCCAGUACUCCGCCCCCAGCUCCCAGUACUCCGCACCCAGGUCCCAGUACUCUGCCGCCCCUAGCUCUCAGUACGGCGCCCCCGCUGGCUCGUUCGGCCAGUCUGCCACCAGUCGUCAGUACCUCGCUCCUCGUGCCAGCUCCUCCCAGCAGUAUCCUCAGCAAGCCUUCGAUGAGCAGACCGGCUACCAAUACUAAAUGUGUUCUAUGUAAAAUAAAAAUGUCUUAGUCAAUUGAAUUGUAUAAUAAAUUGCUGAACUUUAA